AUGGUUGUAUUUUCAAAAGAAAAUGGAAUUGAAAUUAAUGUUCCCUUUCAAGAUGGCUCUAAAAGGCAGACAAGGGAAUCCACUAAUCUAAAAAAUUAUGUGGUUAUGUCAUCAACUUCAGCUGAAAAUAAUCACCAAAGUGAUAAUACAAGUACCACUACAUUAGAACCAAAAGAAUAUUGGAAGAUACAUGCUUUUUAUCCAGUAAUAGAUACAAUAAUAUGUCAAAUGAAAGAAAGAUUUUCUGAAGAGAGCAUUCAAAUUGCGACUUGUGUAGAUAACUUGUUAAAAUUAAACUUUGGGGGAUCAUCAUUACUUAUAAAUCAAUAUAAAAAUUUGUUUGAAGUCAUCCCUCAUGAUUUGAAAUGUGAGAUUACUGUAUUGAAAAAUAUGAUAAAAGGAGUUCCUAGCUAUUUAACCAUCAAAGAAAAAAUAUCUAAAGAUACGUUUCCAAAUCUUUUUAAAAUGAUUCAUUUGGCUAUCACUCUUCCGGUCAGUUCGGCUACUUGCGAACGGUCAUUUUCUGCAAUGAGAAGAAUUAAUAAUUAUCUCAGGUCUACUAUGUCACAGGAACGGUUUUCGAAAUUGGCAAUACUUAAUAUUGAGAGAGAUAUUAUUGUUGACACCGAAAUUAUUUUAAAUACAUUUGCUAAUAAAAAUAGAAAAAUAAGAAUAUAA